CUGUCAGGCUGUCUCAUCACUGAGGAAGGUUGGGCUGCUCUGGAUUUAGCUUUGAGAUCCAAGCCCUCCAGUUUGAAGGAGCUGGACCUCAGUUACAACCAUAUUGGAGACUCAGGAAAAAAACCUGCUGCAAGUUAUGGCCUGAAAGUCCUCAAAAGUGACAUCAGUGAAUUUGUUCAGAAUGAACUGAGCAAGAUUCAAAGAAUCCUAGAGAUGAAAUCAGAAGAGGAUGUCUACAGUGACGAUGAAGAACCAAGAAAUAGAGCCACCGAUGGUUUCCUGAAGAUGGUUCUGUACUUCCUGCAUAGCAGGAAAAGAGAGGACAUGGCUGUCCUGCUGGAGAACAGCUGUCUCAUCACUGAGGAAGGUUGGGCUGCUCUGGAUUCAGUUUUGAGAUCUAAGCCCUCCAAUCUGAAGGUGCUGGACCUCAGUUACAACCACUUUGGAGACUCAGGAAAGAAACCUGCUGCAAGUUAUGGACUGAAAGUCCUCAAAGUGGAUCACAAUGAAGCAAAGACAAUGAAACCCGGUCUCAGGAAAUGUAAG